CAAAGUUGAAAAGUGAUCCUACGGGUAUUAACAAAAUAAGAGGGGGAAUCUGCAGCUAAUUGCCCGUUGAUAUGUUUUGCUAUUAUAAAAUUUUUUUCCAUGACCGCCUUAUAAAUUUCUUUCUAUCUUUAGGCUUGCUCUUCUUGUGUUUCCCUAAUAGCACUGACAGCCAUAUUAUAUACAGUAUAGUCGCUCGCUGCUCAGCUCUAACAUUCGUUCCCGUCUCCGUCUUUUACCAAUCCUUCAAACCCUCUUACGUGCUGUGGGUUCCUUCUGCAAAAGAUUCAUUAUUCUUUCUCUCUAGAUUCAAUCAAAUCUUGAAGGGUUUUGAUCGCUUUUCUCGGAGCUGCCAGCUUACCUAUCUAUAACCAACAGCAGCAAGAGAUUGGUGUGUUUCAUUUGUCAACGCUAGUAUAGAGAAAGUCAUGGUGAGUCCAUUUGGGCAAAUGGGCAAUCGGGAUUUAGGUCCGCCGUGGUUGAGACCAAUGCUCAGGGCAAGCUACUUCAUCCCUUGUGCAGUUCAUGGGGAUUCUAAUAAAAGUGAAUGUAAUAUGUUUUGUUUAGAUUGUAUGGGUAAUGCCUUAUGUUCUUAUUGUUUGAUCCAUCACAAAGAUCAUCGAGUUGUUCAGAUAAGGCGGUCUUCAUACCAUAACGUGGUGAGGGUGAAUGAAAUACAGAAGUAUAUUGAUAUAUCCUGUGUCCAGACUUACAUUAUCAAUAGCGCCAAAAUCGUGUUCCUAAACGAGCGGCCUCAGCCAAGGCCAGGAAAAGGCGUCACCAACACUUGCGAGAUUUGUUGCAGAAGCCUCCUCGAUUCCUUCAGAUUCUGCUCUCUUGGAUGCAAGCUGGGAGGCUUGAAGCGUGGUGACCCAGACCUCACAUUUACACUGAGGAUGAAGCACAAUAGGGAUCCAUUCCUUGGUGGGUCUGAAUCCGAUGAGUCUUCUACCCCAAAGAAGAUUAGAAAGACGCAUGCUUUCAACCGUUUGAUGGAUGGACUUUCAAUAUAUUCAUCAGACGGGCAUAGCAAUGAUUUUAGCUCAGGUGAUGAGGCGACUGCCAACCUUUCUCCAUCUACUCCUCCCAUUUAUAAUCACCGCAAUGCAAGGAGAAGAAAGGGUAUCCCUCAUCGUGCUCCAUUUUGAGUUUUCUCAAAAAAUUGAAAAAAAAAAUAAAAAUAUAUUGAAAAAAAUAUAUGGGAAGUUGGCAAUAAUGUCUAGUAUGUAGUAAAAGAUGACAUAUAAGAAAAAGGAAGAAAAAAAAGGAUUGCUAUAGUGUUGAGUUUCUUGUGUAAAUAGUAGAAAAGACAUCAAGGGAAAUAGUCCCUUCAUAUAAUAUAUUAAUUAGUGGUGGGGACUUAUUUUCUGGUUUAGAAAACUUAGGUUAUAUUGAAAAAAUGGGCAUGUAUUAUGAUGACAUAUGGGUAUUAGGUGGUCGGAAAGAUGGUAAUAAUGGAAUGGCAUUUUGAUGGGUUAUGUACAGAAGAGAAGAAUGUGUUUUGUCCAUAUGAUAUAGAUAAUGAUGUUUUCAAGUAAAA